AUGAGUACCGCUAGAGUUUAUAUUGGUGUUUUUUUCAGGUUUUUCCAGUUUGUUGGAAAUGUGGGAUGUUUUGCUACCAGUGUAAAUACAUUACGCCCUUACAAUGCUUUUAUAUUAACUGUCACGGUGUUGAAUUUCAUUUACAAUUGCUAUAUUUGGUUUGGUGUGCCAAUUAUUGGGGGCUUGAAAGCCUACAACGGAAUUUUGUUAGGAGGAGAAAUCUCGUUUUUCUUUUUGUACAUUGGGAGUUCUAUGUUCCAAGCCUUCGCCGGUUACACCGACGAUUGGACUGAAGAUGAUUUUGGUUUUUCUUUUAAUCCCUAUUGUUACUAUGCAAGUUGGGCUAUUGGCGUUAUUUGUGCUGCACUUUACAUCAUUACAUUUAUAAUGUACGUAUGUUGGGGUCUCAUUCCUGCUUCUAGGUAUGGCUUUUCGACAGGGUUCUGUGAAAGGCCGCCAUUCAAAUUUGGCUGCCUAGUGUUUGACAAAUCCCAAGUUGAUCAUAAUUGUGAGGAUAAUAACGAUAUUGAUUUGGAAUCAAUGCAGCAUAGCACAAGUAAUAAUACUGGAACCAAACAAAAUGAAGUUGAAAAACAAGAAUCAAUUGUGUUCUAA